GUCAAUACAAACAUUUCUGUGUCUCAGUCACGAUCAAACCGCAAGAGUCACGGAUCAAAUUAAAACUGAUGUGGUCUGGGAGAGUUAAAUAUACCUAGAUAAAUGUAGCCAGAUCACUAUGAUGAAUUCCAUGGAGAGCGAGCAGACGUCUGUGCUUCUGUCCAAAUACCUGGAGAAGAAGUACACUGGGACAGAGGAGGCCAUCAACAUCAAGAGGAAGGCAAUAAUCUUAACUGAAAGUUUGAUAAAUUCUGAUUUUAAUGAUCACAUUGACACUGGAAGUUACGGGGAAGGAUGUUAUCAAAAGGGUUCAGAUAUGGACAAAAUGAAUGUAGACAAGACAGUAGCAGUAAUGUACCCCGAUCAGUGUAUUCCUCAACACCUGGUACACAAAACCAUUCUGUACAUUCGAAAGGCAGACUGUCGCCCUGGCUAUGUCAAUUUAGAGAUAGAUCAACUAUUUUUUAAACACUCAUUUGACAAAUAUUUUUCCAAUUCACUAGUUCAAAUUGGAAAUUCAUUGUUCAUUUCCAGUGAUAUGUACAGGGAGGAAUGGGUCAGUUUCUAUACAACCAUCCCUGGUAUAAAAUGUGAAUCCAAUGGACCCAGUAGCGCAUUUACAGGUAUGGAGGAUAAAGAUAUAGUUCAUUGUUUUCAGUGUAACAGUUGGCCAAAGGAAGCAAAUGAAUGGAUUACUCGCACACGUCUGUAUGGAUGGCCACAUCAAACACUGAUAGACAAAACAGUAAGCAACGGAUUUCAUGUUGUCCCAGUUGGCGAUAAAUGUUCGGAAGAUACAUUUCUACAAUGGAGAAUCUCAUUUGCAGUUGCCGAAAGGUCUUUGGUUCAUUCCUUUAGCAACAUCCAAGUCAAAGUGUACACACUGUUGAAAUAUUUCUUAAAACAAAUAAAGGAGACAUUGAAAGAAUCUAUUGGGGACGAUGACAUCUUGUGCUCCUACUUCUUAAAAACAAUCCUGUUUCAUGCAAUAGAGAAUUCCAGCCACACAUUCUGGCAAGAGAAAAACCUUUUUGAUUGUUUUUGGUUUUGCUUCAACAUUCUGAUUGCGUGUGUCAGGGCAGGAUUCUGUCCCCAUUACUUCAUCCCAGCAAACAACUUGUUCCAGAGGAAAGUUCAUGGACAGAAUCAACAAAUACUACUGGGCAUUUUGGACAACUACUGUCAGAUGAAAUGGAUGUGCCUCUCGGUAGGAAACUUCAUCAAACCUUCAAUUUGGGAGGAUCUGUGUGACACCUCUGUUCAGGCAAAUCUUGUUUCCGCAACAAAUUUACAACAAAAUAUCCUGGAUCAUGACAAGGGUGACUCUUGUUGCUUUGUCAUUGAGAUCUCCACUCAAACAAGAGCAGGUCAGCAAGGCAUUGCACUUGUUAUCGACAUCAAAGACAAAUUUUGAAGAAGUUUUCACAUAUUACAGUGCGAUAGACAGCAUCCGAUGUCUUGCAUCAGAACUGAUCUCUAAAGAUCUACCGGAAGCUCCAGGCAACAAGACAAGGUACCGGAGACUGCGGAGAUGUAAAUACUGGAUGACCCCCAAUGUUGUCAUGGGAACAGAAGUGUUGCAUUUGGCAACUUUUCAUUUUCUAACUGGAAAUUUCUGUAAAUGCUUAGAGAUGAGCAGAGGAGUAAUGAAACUAGCAUCCUACUACUCACAGGACAACCUACUUCAUCCAGAACUAUGUAUAUUGCAAAGACAGCUGCAGAAUCAUCAACCACAUGGCUGUAUGAUGGACAGACUCCAGAAAAUGUACAUGUAUCCCAUUUAUUUUCGUCAAGAGGAUAUCCAUCUUCCUCAUCUUAGUUUAGAACUAAAUCAUGAAUUUAUAUUUAUCUCCCCCCUACCAUAUGUCCUGUUUCUGAACUUUCUGUGUUGCCACAAGCUUAGAGACACCAGAGGACGGGAUGAAGCAUUACAGGACCUGAUGAAGAUUCAGUAUCAUGGGAAACAAGGGGGACACAUAUUCUGGAUAGUUCACACACUUCUGGGAAUUUGUUACCAAACACUUGGGGACAACGACAGGGCCAUCAGGGCUUACUGGGAGUCAGCACAAUCAAAGGGUGACUUCCAUGAUUGGAAUCCUGCCAUUGACAGGAUAGCCGUGGUGUAUCUAUGUAUGUAUGUCUCACAGAGGUCUGACAGAGGAUAGCUGUGGUGUAUCUAUGUAUGUAUGUCUCACAGAGGUCUGACAGAG